GAAUGGGUCUACGUGCAGCAAGAUUGCGCAACCCCCGAGCAGAGCAGUGACUGGCCGAUUGGCCGUGAAUGUGUGCCUAGCCCCCUACUGCUGCACGCCCCACGUCUAACUUUAAACUUUGCUGUUCAGGGGGUUACUAAGGCUCAACUCCACGGGGGGAAGACAGAACGCAAUCAACGCAGUUCAACAGGCUUAAACGUAAAGAUGGCUGAGAUAUGUUACAAUGGCGAUUCACCAGAUCUCAACGAUUUUUUCCAGAUGGAGCCCAAAUUGCGCCAGUAUGAAGGGGACUACCAUCGCAGGUACCAGCUGUUUAAGGAGCGCCUCUCGCAGGUGGAGCAGAUGGAGGGAGACUUUGAUCAGUUCACAAAGGGCUACCAGUCCUACGGCACACAGAAGCAGCCCAACAACGGCCUGCUCUUCAGGGAGUGGGCCCCUGGGGCCGAGCAGCUCUACCUGACCGGAGACUUCAACAACUGGAACAAAACCUCUCAUCCUUUCACCAAGAAGGACUACGGCAAGUGGGAGCUUUACCUCCCGCCGAGGCGAGACAAGACCCCAGCCAUCGCGCACGAGUCCAAACUCAAGCUUGUUAUAUUAACCAAAGAGGGAGAAGACGUAUGCCGAAUAUCCCCCUGGGCCAAGUAUGUCACUAAAAGGCUGGAUUCCAACACGUAUGACUGGAUUUACUGGGAUCCCAUGCACCCUUACUUGCACCAGCAUGCCCGACCCAAAAGGCCUCGCAGUCUCCGCAUCUAUGAGGCUCACGUGGGCAUCGCCUCGUCCGAGCAGAAGAUCGCCACCUACAAAAACUUCACCCUCAACGUGCUUCCCCGCAUCAAGGAUUUGGGCUACAACUGCAUUCAGCUUAUGGCCGUUAUGGAGCAUGCAUAUUAUGCAAGCUUUGGGUACCAAGUCACCAACUUCUUCGCCGCCUCCAGUCGCUUUGGGACUCCCGAGGACCUGAAGAGACUGGUGGACACUGCCCACUCACUGGGCAUCGCCGUGGUUCUGGACGUGGUCCACAGUCACGCCUCCAGCAACACCGCCGACGGCCUCAACCAGUUCGACGGCACCGACUCGUGCUUCUUCCACGCCGGGACCCGGGGCAAGCACUCGCACUGGGGCAGCCGCCUCUUCAACUACUCCAGCUGGGAGGUCUUCCGUUUCCUGCUGUCAAACCUACGCUGGUGGAUGGAGGAGUACCGCUUUGAUGGCUUCCGCUUCGACGGAGUCACGUCCAUGCUGUACCACCAUCAUGGAAUGGGCAUGUCGUUCGGCGGAGGCUACAGUGAAUAUUUCGGCAUGCAUGUGGAUGAGGACGCAGUGGUGCACCUGAUGGUGUCCAAUCACGUCCUCCACACACUCUACCCAGAAUGCAUCACCAUCGCAGAGGACGUGUCUGGUAUGCCAGGCCUGUGCAGGCCCAUCACUAAGGGAGGCCUGGGCUUCGAUUACCGGCUGGCCAUGGCAGUGCCAGAUAAGUGGAUCCAGAUCCUGAAAGAGCAGAGGGAUGAGGAGUGGGACCUCCAUAACAUCGUGCACACGCUCACCAACCGCCGUAGCCAGGAGGGAUCGAUCGUGUACGCAGAGAGCCACGACCAGGCACUGGUGGGAGACAAGUCGCUGGCCUUCUGGCUGAUGGACCAGGAGAUGUACACCAACAUGAGCGCCCUGAUUCCCAUGACGCCGGUCAUCGACCGUGGCAUCCAGCUGCACAAGAUGAUCCGGCUCCUUACACACAGCCUGGGAGGGGAGGGCUACCUCAACUUCAUGGGAAAUGAAUUUGGCCACCCCGAGUGGCUAGACUUCCCCCGGAAGGGGAACAACGAGAGCUACAGCUACGCCCGCCGCCAGUACGACCUGCUGGAUAUGGAGCACCUGCGCUACCGCCAGCUCUACGCCUUCGACCGCGCCAUGAACCUCACGGAGGACAAGCACGGCUGGCUGGCCUCCCCACCGGCUCUUGUGACGACGCUGAACCAGGAAGACAAAGUCAUUGUUUUUGAGCGGGCCAACGUGCUCUUCAUCUUCAACUUCCACCCCACGUACAGCUACAACGACUACAGAGUCCCUAUCGGCCGUGACGGGAAAUACACCAUUAAACUGGACUCUGAUGACGUGCAGUUUGGGGGUCAUGGAAGGGUGUCAAAGGACACCGAGUUCUUCACUGAGCCCUGGUACUUCAAAGACCGGCCACACUCAUUCAAGAUCUACAUACCCUGCAGGACGGCUCUUGUGCUGGCAAAUGAGGACAUCGAUAACUGUUAUUAGCCACUGGGAGCGGCGAAUCGGGUGGAGAGUCGGACCAAGCUGUAAUCACCACCAUCUGAUGCGUUCCUGGAAACUGGCGGGCACUUCUCCAACUCCACACCAACAGCAGCUGAGGCUGAGAAGCGGGCCGGACCCCAAGCCAGGGGUUAGAUGCUAUCUAGAUAGUGUUCCUUUUGCCCUGUUGCAUUCUAGAUCAAACAUGGCUCAUUUCAACCCGUAAGAACAAAAAAACACUCACUGCACUCUCUGAUCCUAUUGCAUUCACUGAAGAAAAAAAUGCAUGUGUUGACAUACUCACGUUUGGUUUGACCUUAAGGAAGUACUCGCCACCAGUUUGAUUCACCUUAAGGGGAUGAGUAGAAAACUGCACUUUAACGAAACUAACAUAGUAUAGGCAUCUGCAUCAAUCAGCACUUGUUAGCAUAUGAAAUGUGUGGUGGGCACAAAAGUGAAUAAGAGAGGAGAAAUUGAUGUGAUAGGAGAAAUAUCAUGCAUGGCAUGUUAGAGAGUUGUGGGGGGAUAGGCUGGAAAGAGCGAGGAGAUAUGUUUAUAAAAAUUCAGCUAUUUUCCUGUAACAUCACUUUGAGGGCACAUCUAACAUCUCUUGAGACGGAAAGAGUUGAUAAAUAUAUUUUUCUUGAGCAUUUUUUUUUUCCAGAGGAUUUAUGUAGAUGAAAAUGGAGCCAGACCUUCCUGACUGUAGAUGAGCUGAGCUGAGUAGGAAAGAAUCCAUUUUACCUCUCUCCCUUUAAAGCUCAAUGGAAAUCCUAAGAUCAAUAUAACCCCUCUGCCUCAUCCUCCCUCUCCCUGACACUGUUUGCCUCCCCUCUUAAGGACCUCUUCUCUCACACACACUUUUCUCUUUCUCACACACACACUCUCUCUCUCUCACUCUCUCUCUCUCUCUCACACACACACACUUCACACUUUUAACCCCACUUUCAUUUGCGGAGCUUUAGAAAGCGUUGGUAAUUUGGAGCUCCAUUAAAUGUCUUACUUUAUGAGGUGACAUCACAGCACUAUCAGAACCUCUUGCUGUGAACCGCUUCGGGGAUCACAAGACGAAUGAGCUUCUCUCUCUCUCUCUCUCUCUCUCUCUCUCUCUCUCUCGUCCGUCCCCAAGGAGAAAACUAUUUUAUGCAAGAGUGGAAUUAUGACAGCAAGGACAAAAAAAAUCUCUCGUUUUAUAGUCUGAAUGGCCAAUUAUUUCUUUCCUCUAAUUAUUUAAGUUAAUUUUCAGAAGUUAAAUGUAUUGUGACACUUACAUGUCUUCUGUGCAAUCAUCUCGCCAUGUAAUGCUAUUCAGUGAAGUUGACACUGGGGUUCUUAGGUAACUUGUUCCAUUAAUAAACAAGUAUUGAGUAUAAUGAGUUCAACAUUCCCAAUGCCAUGCAUUAAGAAAACUGUUAAUUAAUCUUUGGUUACAACUUUAAAGAGCAGUGCUGUCUACAGUAUCAAGGACAGCUCAAUUGAUUCCACCUAAACUGAUUGAAUUAAAUUGAUGAUGAUGAUGGCAAGCUCAUGAAAACAGUUAGGCAUUUGUAUGUUAUAAGAUCUCAGUAUGUUUCUUUUUUUUCUUUCCUUUUUUUGCCUGUCAGAUUUAUUUGGGUUGUCAUUGUAGAAGUAAUGCAGUUUAAUGAGUUACUGUCUCUUCCUCUAUGGACCCUCUCAUGUUAUUGUUUGUUAGAGGACCAGAAGGGUGCCUGCCUUGUCAUUACAAUGGCUCUUUCUACUUGGAAUUAUAUGUGAUGAUAAUUCUGUCCUAAAAUGUUUUAGGCAUAACAUAACCUCAUACACUCUGUUAGUGUCAUAGUUGCAUAGUAACAAGAUUCUCAAAAGCCUCCCAGAUACAGUAUUUGUCUGCAGUUUCAGUUUGAAUAAAGUUCAAAACAGGAA